GCAAUGGCUCCUGUGGCCUACGCCUUGUGGGCAAGGAUCCUGAACUACGACCCAGAGGCGCCUCUCUGGGCGAAUCGGGAUCGAUUCGUGCUGUCGAUGGGCCAUGCGUCCAUGCUUCUCUACGGCUUGCUCCACCUUGCUGGAGUGAAGGAGGUCUCGCAAGAUGGAAUAGCCACGGGGAGGCCGGCCGUGUCCCUGGAGGACAUCAAGGAGUUUCGGCAACUGGGCUCCAAGACACCCGGGCAUCCCGAAUAUGGCGAAACCUCCGGCGUGGAGGUCACGACGGGACCGUUAGCUCAGGGCGUGGCAACAAGCGUAGGCAUGGCCAUUGCCUCCAAGUGGCUUGCGACAAAGUUCAACAAGCCCGACUUUCCCCUCUUCGGAUACAGCAUCUACGCGCUGGCCAGCGACGGCGACCUCCAGGAGGGAGUCUCUGCGGAAGCGGCCAGCCUGGCAGGCCACCUCAAGCUUGACAACCUUUGCUGGAUUUGGGACAACAACCAGAUCACGAUUGAGGGCAACACCUC